CUGAGAACCAGAAAUUUCAAAGAACGUGAGCGUUCCUUCAUGGACUUUGCCUAGACUGCUCUCCCUUUCUAUUUCACACCUCUCCGCAAUCCUUCUGUAGCCUAAAAUUAUCUGUUUCUUUGUUCUUAACGAUCCCAUCGCUUGCUUCUUCUUUCUGGAUUUUUCAUUUCUGCUGACUAGGUUAGCUGGUCCAGGAAGUUGUUCAUUUAAUCAUUGGUUGACAGUUGGUAUUGAAGACUGGUCUAUCAUACAAUUAUGACUUGUUUUUGUUUCUUAUUUGGUCGGAGUUCAGCAAAAAAUUCUUUUGAAGUUGAUGAAGAAGUUGCAGGCAUUCACGAUGUUAAACUCUACACUUACAAGGAAUUAAGAAAUGCUACUGAUUAUUUUAGUCCGGUCAAUAAAAUUGGGGAGGGUGGUUUUGGUUUAGUAUACAAGGGAAAACUUAAAGGUGGGAAAAUUGCUGCUAUAAAAGUUCUUUCAACUGAAUCAAGACAAGGGGUGAAAGAGUUCUUAACAGAGAUUAAUGUGAUCUCAAAGAUAGAGCACGAAAAUUUAGUUAAGCUGUAUGGCUGCUGUGUGGAAGGAAAUCACAGAAUUUUAGUCUACAACUAUCUUGAGAGUAACAGUCUUGCGCAAAAUCUUCUUGGAGGAGGUCACAGUCACAGUAACAUCCAGUUUAGUUGGAGAGCACGAUCCAAAAUCUGCAUUGGUGUAGCUCGAGGGCUUGCCUUCCUUCAUGAAGAUUUACGGCCACACAUUGUGCAUAGAGAUAUCAAAGCGAGCAAUAUUCUCCUUGACAAAGACCUAACACCCAAAAUUUCAGAUUUUGGUCUAGCCAAGCUUAUCCCACCUAACAUGACUCAUGUCAGUACACGUGUAGCUGGAACAAUAGGUUACCUGGCACCCGAGUAUGCAAUAAGGGGGCAGCUGACGAGGAAAGCAGACAUUUAUAGUUUUGGUGUCCUGCUUGUGGAAAUUGUUAGUGGGAGAUGCAACACAAAUACGCGAUUACCUAUCGACGAACAAUAUCUCCUAGAAAGGACUUGGGAACUUUAUGAGCGGAAGGAACUGGUCGGGCUGGUGGAUACAUCACUGGAUGGUGACUUUGAUGCUGAGGAGGCAUGUAGGUUUCUAAAGAUUGGUUUACUCUGCACCCAAGAUGGUCCAAAGCUUCGUCCCUCCAUGUCUACUGUGGUCAAGCUGCUAACUGGUGAGAAGGACGUUGAUGACACAAAGAUAACAAAACCAGGUUUAAUUACUGAUUUCAUGGACCUCAAAAUACGAGGCCCCCCUAAAGCCAAAUCCCAGAAAAAGACAUCUUCCUAUGAUAAAACCAAAUCUGAAACAAAGGCUGGAUUUAAUUUGUCAUCUGAUUCUGACAAACUGGAUGACUCAACCUUGUCAUCAGGAAACUCAACAAGUGCAGCCACGACCUUAACUGCGUCAUAUGAUUGAAGUAUUUAAAUAUCAGUGUGAAAAAGCAUAUCCAUUGGAUUUAUUUUUUUUUUUCCUUUUUUGAGGCUUUUAAUUGUGUAAAUUUUGGAACCAUGUUCCUUUCUUGUUUUCCCUUUUUUUUCGGCUACACAAGUUUUGCCGCAUAUAUUCCCUCUCUUGUAAAUGGAUGACGUUCAGUAAAUUGAAGAAAGUGUACUGGUUUGAUC